ACAACCACGCCCCCAAAUGCUGACAACCGCGCCGCCCAAACACUGAGCACAACAUCACCACCAAUGCGCCCUUCAUACUCCUAACCUUACAAUCGCGCCUCGCACCAUCCCUCCAGCCAUCCCAUCACCCACCUUCCUCCGCACAAUGGCGCUCGGAACCGUUCUCCCCUUCUGGCCCGCCCUUCUCUUCACCUACCUAGAGCCUAUCUCACUCCUCCUCGGCUGGGACGCCGCCUGGAACUCCCCCUCGGCCUUCGUAACCCGCCAACUUCCCAGCACGACCCUCACCCCGGUCCCCGCCGGCGCCCUCGUCCUCUCCCACACCACCGGCAACAUUUUCGUCCUCCUCGCAGCACUUGCAAUACUCUGCACUGCCAUCACGCGCGACGCCCGCGUCGCGAAGUACUACCUGCUAUUUGUCGCGGCGGGGGAUCUGGGACAUAUCUAUAGCAGCUAUGUCGUGAUGGGACCCAAGGUGUUCUGGGAUUUCUCAGCAUACAACGAUAUGAUGUGGGGAAACAUUGGGGUUAGUGCUUUUCUGCAUGUAAAUCGGUUGGCGACGGUGUUGGGGGUGUUUGGGCGGUUUGGAGGACAGAUGAAGUAAGGGCGUGUGAGAGGGCACGUUUGGGAAGACUUUCGUGUCCUAGGGCGGUAAGACAUGAAAAGUAAUGCGGAAACAUGGCGUCUUGUGGAACAGUGCAAAGGCGACAUUGCACUAUGGGCCCGAUAGGUCGAAUGUCAGUAAGCACAAUGCCAAUUUCAAUGGAGAAUAACUAUCAGAGAGCCCUAUCCCGUACGCCAAAAGUAGACUGAAGAAAAG